CAAGCAUAAAAUGAUAAAAUAAAUUUCAAGCUUAUUGAAUGAGAUAAUUUAUUUCGUAGUUGAAUGAUAUUAAGAAUUGACGGAAAAAAAAUCCAGAUAACCAUUUUCUUCCGUUACUGGUAGCUUUUCAUUGUUGAAAAAAUGGAUCAUAAAAGCUUCGAAAACGUACCUUGCGUGUGGAAACCAAUUGGAAGCAAUGGUGUUUACUAUUCGAGAUUUGUUAAAUUAAUCGCAAAUAAGUACAAAGCUAAAAUUGAUAGUUAUUGGGAUCUUCACAAAUGGUCGAUCCAAAAUAUAGACAAAUUUUGGAAUGAAAUAUGGCAUAUUGUAGGAAUCAAAUGUUCGAAAACAUUCGAUAAGGUUAUUGAUUUAUCUGUUCCCAUGAGUGAUGUUCCGAAAUGGUUCAUUGGAGCUAAACUGAACUUAGCAGAAAACCUAUUGAGAUAUAAAGAUGAUCAUGUUGCUUUAAUUGCAAUAGGAGAAGAUAGAGAUAAAAAAGUUUAUACCUACGCUCAAGUAUUUGGAGAAGUUAAAAGAUAUGCUGCAGCAUUUCGGAAAAUUGGGCUCAAAAAAGGAGAUCUAAUUGUUGGUCAUUUAUCCAACAGAGAAGAAGCAUUGUUUGCAAUGUUGGGGGCAAACUCAGUUGGUGCUAUUUGGGUAGGAAUUCUUCCUUUAAUAGGAGCGCAGGCUGUAUUAGACAGAUUGAAGCUAGUUGAUCCAAGUAUUAUCCUCUCAGUAGAUCGUAUGAAAUAUAAUCAAGAAGAAAUUGGAAUGAUGCCUAAAUUAAAAGAAAUUUCUGAAGGUUUACCAAGUUUGACGAAAUUAAUUAUUGUUCCUUCAAAGCCUGAUUCUAUAAAAAAAGACAUAGCUGGCAUUCCCAAAAGCUGCUUUUUAGAAGAAUUUUUAAAUUUUGGACGAGAGAAGGAUGGCACAGUUCCAGAAAUAGUGUUCGAACAAAUGUCUUUUUCCGAUCCUAUAAUAAUAGGUUACACAUCUGGAACAACUGGCCCUCCCAAAGCCCUAGUUCACGAUCACGGAUGUCUUGUAACUUCUGCGAGGGAACAAUGCCUCUUAGGUGAUUUCAGUAGACAUGGUGUCAGCCUUUCCCUUUCUCCAGCUGGAUGGGCAACAUGGUUUAUGGGUGUUUUUACAUUUUAUAGUGGAAGCACUAAUAUCCUGUAUGAUGGAGUACCAUUCUUUCUUUCACCAACUCACAUAUGGGAUUUGGUAGACGAGUAUAAGCUAACUAGUCUCUUAAUAACUCCAAGUAUACUAGAUGACCUGGAAAAGAAAGGAUACUUGCCAACUGAUAAACACAAGCUUACUUCACUCUUUGCUAUAUUUUCUGGAUCAAGCAUUGUCAAACCGCGAAACUACGAUUUUGUUUGCAAAAAAAUUAAACCUGGUAUAUUAUUUGGUUCAGUUUAUGGUUCAACAGAAAUAUUGGGUAGCUGCAUGUCUUAUCAUCGAACUCUGCCCGUCUACAAAGGUGAAAUGACUUGCCCAACUUUAGGCACUGAUAUUCAAUGCUUAGACGACUCAGGCAGAGCUGUUGAAGGAGUUUUUGGAGAUAUAGUUCUAGCAAAACCAAUGCCAUCUUUUCCCCUCGGCUUGUUUGGAGAUGUUGAUGGUACUAAAUAUAAGGAAACAUAUUUUUCUAAAUAUCCAGAUAAAUUUGCCAUGGGAGAUUUAGCAGUUAUUAACCCCAUUACUAAAGGCAUAAUUAUUCACUGUAGAAGCGAUGAAGUUCUUAAACCAGGUGGGUGGAGAUUUGGAAGUACUGAGAUAUAUAACGUAGUAAAUAUUCUACCUGAAGUGCACGACAGUCUUUGUGUUUCUCAAUAUAGUAAAAGUAAAAAUGAGAGAGCAGUUCUAUUUCUAAAACUAAAGGAAGGAUACAAGUUCGGCAAUGAAAUAGUGAAAAAAGUUGAACGUAGAAUUGUGGAGGAACUAACAAAAAAUCAUGUUCCUGGAUUGAUUAUGGAAGUUAAAGAUAUACCAUACAACAUAAACGGAAAGAAGAUGGAAAUAUUAGUUAAGAAGAUUGUUAACAAUAUGCCUUACAGUCCUGAGGUAGUUAUAAACAAGGAAUCCUUGCAUUGUUUUCAAAAUGUUCCAUCUUAUGAAGACUAAAUACCACAUUGUUAUUGUCAGUCAUGUGAUUAAUAAAAUGUAUUUUUUUAAUCAGAA